CAGGGGUCUUAUCUAACAUUUUUGGGAUCGUCCGAAGAGGUCCGAGUGGACCGGGAGCAUGCGACAGGUUGUCUACAAUUUCCCAACUGCAGUAAAACACACAAUCUCCGUGGUGCCAACUCGAGCCAACUCUCAUGCCUUGUGCUGUCGACUGGACUCAUUGCUAGAACGACUUUUCACUUUAUACGCGGCGAUUGGUGCUUGUUUGGUCGCCAAUUUUUCCACCCGACUUUCGACCCUCGACCCCUCUGGAUCCCGUGAAUCCCGGAGGCGGCGGGCGCGAUGGCUCCUAACAUAACGUCCUUCAGCACCCUUCGGGCUCGCUCUUACGUAUUCCGGUUACCGCUCUUUACGCGCAUCGUUUUACUGGUCAUCAUCGCCGCGUGGUUCGCAGGUCUUCAGCAUUCGUGGGAUGUCAGGCAUUGGGGCGCCCUGAUUCCUGACCAGCUGUCCUUUACCUCUUCAUACCGAAUGAAUACGUUCCCCUUCGUUCAUGUAAACCUCAUCCAUACGGUCAUGAACUUGGCGGCUCUGGCGCCGUUGAUGGAGCGGUUUGAGGCGGAAUUCGGGACCUUGACCUCUAUUGCCCUGUUUAUCGGCCCUCUGAGCACGAUCCCGGCUAUUCUCUACACCUUGAUCGAACGGUUCCUCUUCAAGGGCAACACCGAAGUUAUGGGAGCUAGCGUCUGGGUCUUUCUGCUCCUGGGCAUCGAGGCGAUCCGAACCUACAAGACGAACCCCCACUUGACGAUUGCGACGUACUCGAUUCCCACGUGGACAACCCCCCUGAUCCUCAUCCUGGUGGUUACGGCGCUCGUUCCCGGCACCAGCUUGCUCGGUCAUCUCUGCGGUGUCCUGGUUGGAUAUCUCUUUGGUCUCGGCUACCUGAAGUUCCUGAGCCCACCCGAAAAGGCCCUGCGAUGGAUCGAGUCGAAGCUGAACCUCCUCGGGCGGCUGCCGCACUACGUGAGCGUCGACCAAAAGACGUACGGUCGAUUCGGCGUCCUGCCCACCAACACCCAUGCUGGUGGCGGCAGCGCACCGAUUGCGCUUGUUGGCACGACGCAGAGACUUGGGCCAUGAAGGGGAACGCACGCAUUGUGUGCGCAUGUGCGUGUGUGUUGAAAGCUUGUAAUACUACAUGGCAUACUUUGUCCCGGUUAGGCUGCAGUUUGCACCUUGGUCGGAGUUUGGGAGUUCAUAAUGCAGGCAAAAAAAAAGUAGCAUGUGUACAAGGCGGGGUAGAAUUUGUUUUGUAUUACCAGUUCUCUCUAUGUUUACUUAUGAUUGUAAACUAUAUAAUAUGAAAGAUUCUCGUAUGUGUAACCACCACUGGCCUUUGUCGGAGCAUUUGCGUGUAGACAUAUCACACAGCCGGA